AUGGGGAACAUCCUGGUGAUUUUGGCCGUUUCGUUAGAGAAAAAGUUGCAAAACGCCACAAACUACUUCCUGAUGUCGCUGGCCGUCGCCGACAUGCUGCUCGGAGUCCUGGUGAUGCCCGUGUCCAUGGUGACCAUCCUCUACGACUACAGCUGGCCUCUGCCCCCAGCCCUGUGUCCCAUGUGGAUCUACCUGGACGUCCUCUUCUCCACUGCCUCCAUCAUGCAUCUCUGUGCCAUCUCUCUGGACCGGUACAUCGCCAUCCGCAACCCUCUCCACCACAGCCGCUUCAACUCGCACACCAAGGCCCGGCUCAAGAUUACCGCCGUCUGGACCAUCUCCAUCGCUACGAAACAAUGGAGCCGAGUGUGCGCGGGGCUUCAGCCCUUCCACAACUCACCUUUACGCGGUAGUCCCUCCUACAACUACGGUUCUCUGAGCGGGCUGUGGAACCACCGCCAGACAUCCCACAGGAGCUUCGCAAAACAGUGGCUCAACCCGAACGCCGCAAAAGGGGAAGACGUGGGGGUGUCCACCGGAGACUGA